AUGGAAACGGUAAAACAAUUAUUACCAAUUAAUGAUAAACCAACAAAUAAACAUGUGGAAUUACAGACUAAUACUAAUAAUAUAGAUUUUAUAUCAUAUAAUCAUCAAUUACAAGAAUAUAAAACUAAAUUAAAACCUAUUGGUACAAUACUUGAAGAAUUCGCUGAUAUUUUAUCAACUUAUUCACAAGAGAUUGCAAAUUUAGAAAUUAGAUCAAGAUCAUUAACUAAUAUUAAUCAUAAAAUAUUUGAAGAGGUUGAUAAAACAAUAUUAGAAAAAGUUAUACCCCCAAAUUAUAUUAAAGAUACAAUUGGUAAUAUUAAUGUUGAUACUAUUAAAUUUUUAACAAAAGCCCCGCCAUCUGAUGAAAUAAAUUUGCUCAAAUUUAAAGCCAUAGAACUGAUAAGGAAUAAGUUGAUACUUAACAUUCGACAAUUAAGAGAUGGUAAACCUUCACAAUUGGUUCAAAAAGAUAUGUUGGAUCAAAAGGAAUUAUAUACAUUUCUUUAUUUAAAUCAUCAAGAAUUGGCAAUUCAAUUACGUACAGCAUACUUCUAUACAAUGAGAUGGUAUUAUAGAUCAAAUUUUUCAAAAUAUAUUUAUGCUUUGGAACAAAUAAAAUCAAAAACUGUCGAUAUAUUUAGCCAUGAUUAUUUACAAUCAAGAGAUUUUGAUACCAAAGCAAUUCCUGGUCAAAUUGCUGAAAAUUUCCCAUUUCCAAAAUUUGGUGAGUUUAAAUUUAUUCAAUUUUUAUUAGCUUUAAAUGAUAAUAUAAUUAUAGAAUAUUUAUUUAUUGCUCAAUAUUUUUAUUUUGGUAAUGAAAAAGAUACUAAAAUUGAAGUAAUAUUUAAACCUGUUUUUGAAUUGGGUAAAUUAUUUCUAAAACAUUUAAAUACUGAUUUAAUUGGUGUUUUAAUAAUUUUAAAAUAUCUACAAGAUAUGCGUAAACAUAAAAUACCAGUACUUGAUGAUUAUUGUAAUCAAUUAUCAUUAUAUUUAUGGCCAUUAUUUUCAAAAUUAAUAGAUAAUGCUUGUGAUGUAUUACAAAAGGAAAUACUAAAGAAUAAGAAAUUAACUUUAGCUCCAUUAAAUAUAACUCAACAAUUUGGUCAAUUAUAUUCAAAUUUAUUAAAAUUAACACCUGAAAAUAAUAAUAUUAUAAAAUUAAGAGAUACUUUUGAAAAAUAUAUCGGUAAAGUUUCAACUUCACUAGAAGGUAGAGAAUCAUUUUUAUAUAAUAAUUAUUUUAUCAUUACUAGUAUACUCAAAAAUAAUGAUGUAA